UGGGGUCAGGGCCCGGGUCAAUUGGCUUUUGGGUGAGCCUGCCCCGCUUCCGUCAUAAGGUAAUCCCAAGUUGACAAUUCCCAAUUCCCAAUUCCCAGAAUUUGAGUUCCCACAGCUCCAUUCCUCCCUCCCUCCCUCCCUCUCUCUCUCCUUUCUUAAACUAGGAACUCUCCUAACACCUUUUCUCACUUUCCCUUAUCCCUCUCAUCCCCAUCACCAACGAUGCCGCCCUUCCGUGCCGAGCAUAUGGGCUCGCUCCUGCGGCCCCAAGCCUUGCUAGACGUUCGCGAGGCCAUCCGGGAAAAGGGUCUGAGCCCCGAGGCCGCCGGCCUGCCCUCUGUCGAGGAAGAGGCGGUUGGGCACGUUGUGAAGCUUCAGCAAGAGUUGGGACUCAAGGCAGUGACCAGUGGCGAAUACAACCGCACCCGCUUUUGGGGCCUGAUGUGGGACGAGUUCGAGGGCACCGUCCGUCUCCAGGAUGCCGACGCUGCGUUGUUCCGAUUAUACCACCCUGACGUCGUUAGCCUCGUCGAAGCCGCACGGAAGGUGAUGCCGGGAGACUCUGUCAUCGCCGGUUCCAAGCUGCGGCACAACCCGGAGAAGUCUCAGUCCAACCUCCACGAGCUUCGCCUUGUGCAGAAGUUUGUGCCCCAGAGCGAGUGGGGCAGUAUCAAGCUCACUAUGAUCACACCGGCCUGGUUCCACAUGCGCUAUAAGCAAGGGCGGGCAUACUCCAAGGAGGCGUACGCAAAUGACGCCGAAUAUUUCAAGGACGUUGCCAAGGUUUACCAGGCCGAGCUAGACCAGCUCUACAAGGCCGGGCUCCGGAACGUCCAGUUUGAUGACCCCGGUCUCGCCUAUUUCUGCUCCGACAAGUUCCGCCAGGGAUGGGCCGAGGACUCGGACAACAUUGGGUCCGUCGAUGAUCUUCUCGAGGCCUACAUCGACCUUUACAACGACUGCAUCAGCAAAUUGCCUGCCGACUUUCAUACGGGUGUGCACCUCUGCCGCGGGAACUUCAUUGGAGGGAGAUUCUUCUCGGAAGGGGGCUACGAUGUGAUCGCCCAGAAGCUCUUCACAAAGCUCAAGGUCAACACUUUCUACCUCGAGUAUGACACCGAGCGGGCCGGUGGAUUUGAGCCGCUCAAGUACCUUCCCAAGGAUAGGAAUGUUGUAAUCGGUGCCAUUUCCACAAAGCUGCGCGAACUCGAAGACAAGGAGGAGGUGAAGGGGAGGAUUUACCAAGCAGCAGACUUCGUAGCCGAGGGGAACAACGAGACGCGCGACGAGGCACUGAAGCGCAUCUGCGUCAGCCCGCAAUGCGGUUUCAGCACCCAUGAAAGCGGCUACCCGCUGACCGAGGAGGACGAGAAGACCAAGCUGGCUCUCAUCCGUCAAAUCGCUGACGAGAUUUGGGGCGAGCCGUGAGCUUGCCGAGGGACAUAAGAGACGGUCGGAAUGAGAGCCGGCAGAAGGAGAGUUGGCGGGCUCCAAGAGCGAAUUGGCGUAGCUUCAUGGGCUACAUUUUCAACAAGACCGUGCAGGGCUAUUUCUGAAGUUGGAAAUGGUUUGGGGGCGGUGUUGG